AGAGAACCUAAACAGGUAUAAACAGUACCCGUAAGAGAAACGGUGCUGAUAGGAAAAGCACUGUGAAUCCGAGAAAAAUCAGAAGAAAGGAUUUGAACCUUUUUCUGCAGCUUUAAGUAAGAGUCUGCUGAAAAACUGUCAGGACCGAAGUUUGCAGCAGCUUUUCUUCAGUUGCUGGUACAAAGAUGAUUGGAAAGAUCUUCUCUCAUCUUCUUUGGGGCACGGACGAGCUCAUAGAAGCAGCAGGAGUAACAAUGGAGGAGCUGAAGGGCUUUGAGGAGGAAGGAUGGAUUAUUGUCAAUCUGCCAGAGAACCAGCUGAUGUCAUCUUAUGAGCUGGAUCCUCUGGAGGACCCAUUGACCGAACAUCCUAGCGGGUCUGUGUAUCAGAUGAGAAGCAGGAUGACUAUGAAGGAAAAGAAGGAAGACGAUCAGUGCGCCGAUGAACAGGAAGAGGAAACCUUUAGACCUGUCUCAGUGACGCAGCACAUAUCCUGGCGUAUGGCAGCUGGGGGAAUCCCUCUGUUCCACAUCCAACCGCUUACAGCCCACAGAGCUGAACGCAAGAAGUUGAGCCGCACUGCCCUCUACAGACAGAACCUGGCAAAGCUGCGUUUCCUGCCAUCAGAGAAACGUUAUGGCUUUUUUAAACAACCCUGCCGACACAUCUACAACUACUGAUACGAUGAUGAUGACGAUAAUGAUUGAUGAGAAAACAAAUGUCAAACCAAAACUCAAACUUACUCCUCUCAACCUCAUGGUGCUUUGUGUCUAAAAACGCAGCUGUUAACGUUUUAAUGUAUGCACAUAAAGACAAAUGCUGAGAUUGUGUAUUAUCUGCUGUAUAAUUGUUUGUAUAAUAUGCUGAUAAAAUGUGCUAUUAGCACCACCGUUGAAUUAAUCUUAAAAGAUAAACAUUAGUAAAUCA